AAGUGAUCUAAACUUCACUCUGAUUCAGGUAAACUCAACCAAAAUGGCGUAUUUUCAAGGAACAUUCGAAGAACGUUGCUUAACAACUGGUGCUUCACAGUUCCUCGCAUUCUUCACCAUGUCAUUAUCAAUCCUAUUCCUGAUCACAAGCAUUCCUGGUAACAUUCUAGUGGUCCUAGCUGUAGUCCGUGAUCCCUAUAAAAACCUACGCAGUCCGUUUAAUUUUCUCAUGACAAACUUGAGUGUGGCGGACUUGAUUGUUGGCACGAUUGUUUGUCCGUUAUCAAUCCAUUAUCAUCUUAUGGAGGCUCAGAAAGAGAACAUAUCUAUAAUUCAGAUCAGAGUUUUCCAUCUCUCUUAUUUCAUUGCUUCUACUGCUUCUGUGCUCAGCUUGGCUUCGCUGGCCGUUGAGAGAUAUGCUGCUAUCAGGUUUCCUCAUACCUAUCGGAACAAGUUAACCGGGAAAAGGAUCCUGUGUACAAUAGUCCUCAUCUGGUGCAUCUCAUUAUCCCUUCCCUUCGUUUACUUGGAAGUCGGCUUCAUUACCUAUGCCUUUAUAUUCGCUAAUACCUCAGUGAUUGUGGCUAUCGUAAUAACCUGCUUCAUCUAUGCUCUGAUGGUGGGCAAGUUUCGGAAGCGGUCGAGGAAAGAUCGGGACGAUUCUUGCACGACAACAUCGGAUGAUAGCUCGGAAAUUGUCAACAGCAAAAGACACAAGAAUCCCAUGUCCAUAAACUCGGACGUCGACAGCGUUAAAAAGCGUAAGAAUGCAGUCCGUUUGGAACAUACCAUUACAAAAAUGUUUUUGGUGGUAAUGGCUGCGGUGUUAGUGUGUUACGGACCGAGUACUGUCCUAAUAUAUACGAUGAGUUUUUGCGAAACUUGCAGUUGUGUUGCUUUGCAUUGGUGCCGCGACUUACAGUUUUUGUUUGUCAUAAUGAACUCCAGUUUAAACUUCUUUUGUUACGCUUUAAGAUCUCCGAGGUUUAGACAAGCAUUUGUUCUUAUUUUGAAAUGUUAG